AUGCCCUCGUCGCCAAACAUGCUCACUAAGUUCGAGUCCAAAUCAUCAAGAGCUAAAGGCAUAGCUUUUCAUCCCAAGAGGCCAUGGAUCCUCGUGUCCCUUCACUCUUCUACUAUACAACUUUGGGACUAUCGCAUGGGCACUUUGAUUGAUCGAUUUGAAGAGCAUGACGGACCCGUGAGAGGGAUCGAUUUCCACAAAACCCAACCGCUCUUUGUUUCUGGUGGAGACGAUUACAAAAUCAAGGUCUGGUCAUACCAGAGCAGAAGAUGUCUUUUCACCCUUAACGGUCACUUGGACUAUGUACGGACCGUGUUCUUUCACCAUGAGCUUCCAUGGAUCCUGUCAAGCUCAGAUGACCAGACGAUUAGGAUAUGGAAUUGGCAGAACCGGUCACUCAUCUGUACAAUGACGGGUCACAAUCAUUAUACGAUGUGUGCUCAGUUUCACCCAAAGGAUGAUCUGAUCGUUUCUGCGUCCUUGGAUCAGUCAGUGCGCGUGUGGGAUAUAUCAGGCCUUCGGAAAAAGCACUCAGCUCCGACAUCGAUGACAUUUGAAGAUCAGAUGGCUCGCGCGAACUCAAAUCAGGCAGAUGUAUUUGGAAAUACGGAUGCAGUGGUCAAAUUUGUGCUAGAAGGGCACGAUAGGGGAGUCAAUUGGGUUGCUUUCCAUCCCACACUCCCCUUGCUCGUAUCAUCUGGAGACGAUAGGCUCGUCAAACUUUGGAGGAUGAGUGAAACAAAGGCGUGGGAGGUUGAUACUUGUCGAGGACAUUUCCAAAACUCUUCAGCCUGCCUCUUUCACCCACACCAAGAUCUCAUCAUCUCUGUCGGUGAAGACAAAACUAUCCGCGUAUGGGACCUCAACAAGCGCACUUCGGUACAAUCAUUCAAACGUGAAAAUGACCGGUUCUGGGUCAUUGCAGCUCAUCCCGAAAUUAAUCUCUUUGCAGCUGGCCACGACAAUGGAGUCAUGGUCUUCAAGUUGGAGCGGGAAAGACCUGCCUCUGCAACUUAUCAGAAUCAACUAUUUUAUGUUGACAAGCAAAAGCUCGUGCGCUCAUAUGACUUCUCAAAAGGCAGCGAAUCUUCGCCUCUACUAUCCCUGAAGAAACUUGGUAGCCCUUGGAUGCCGCCGAGGACACUUUCGUACAACCCUGCAGAGAGAGCGAUACUCGUGACCUCCCCUGCUGAUAAUGGAAUAUAUGAGCUUGUACACCUUCCUAAGGAGCCUGCUGGGGCUAUGGAGCCUACUGAUGUGAAAAAAGGCUUAGGAAGCUCAGCAGUCUUCGUAGCUCGCAAUCGGUUUGCAGUCCUCAAUUCUGCUAACCAACAGGUAGACGUAAAAGAUCUUACUAACUCGACUACCAAGACGAUCAAACCUCCGUCAGGGACUACGGAUAUUUUCUUUGGAGGUACUGGCUGCUUGUUGAUGGUGACGCCUACGAUUGUGGCGCUUUAUGAUAUUCAACAGAAGAAGCAACUAGCAGAGCUGAAUGUUACGGGCGUCAAGUAUGUUGUCUGGUCUAACGACGGCCUCUACGCCGCUCUCCUCAGUAAGCAUAAUGUGACUAUCGUAACGAAGUCCUUAGAACAAACCAGCACACUUCAUGAGACAAUUCGCAUCAAGUCAGCGACUUGGGAUGACGCGGGCGUUCUUCUGUAUUCUACUCUAAACCACAUCAAAUACACUUUGCUGAAUGGAGAUAAUGGCAUUGUGAGAACAUUAGAUCAAACAGUUUAUCUUGUGAGGGUAAAGUCGCGAAGCGUGUACUGCCUCGACCGCGCCUCCAAGCCGAAAGUCUUGGACGUAGACCCGACCGAGUACCGCUUCAAGCUCGCUUUAGUCAAACGAAAUUACGAAGAGAUGCUGCACAUCAUCAAAACUUCAAGCCUUGUUGGUCAAAGUAUUAUCUCGUAUUUGCAGAAGAAAGGUUAUCCGGAGAUAGCACUCCAAUUCGUUCAGGACCCUCAGACUAGAUUUGAACUGGCCAUUGAAUGCGGAAACCUCGACGUUGCCGUUGAGAUGGCAAAGCAACUCAAUAGACCAAAACUCUGGAGCCGGCUCAGCACUGAGGCGAUCGCCCACGGCAACCACAAGACUGUUGAGAAUGCCUACCAAAAGCUCCACCAAUUUGAAAAGCUUUCCUUCCUAUAUUUGUCGACCGGCGAUAAAGCUAAGCUCGCUCUUAUGGCUCAAAUUGCAGAUCGGCGUGGAGACUUUCAGUCGCGGUUCCAGAAUGCACUGUACUUGGGUGACUCGGACGCUCGAACACAGAUGUUUAAAGAACUUGACCUUUAUCCGCUUGCGUAUGCCACGGCAAAAGCUAAUAAUAUGGAAGAGGAAUGUCAAGGCAUCCUUGAUGCCGCCGGCCUGACAGAAGACCAGAUCACCUUACCUACUAUUGGAGACCCACUGACGCCUCCAAAACCAGUCGUGCAAACACACAAGGCCAACUGGCCAGUCAAGGCAACAUCGCAAAGUGUUUUCGAGAGAGCACUGCUCGGCGAAGUAGGUGGCGUUGAAGAAGAUAGUGCCCCAGCCCCCAAUGGCUUUGAAAAUGAAGAAGCCCUUGAUGAGAACGAAGCAAUUACCCGCAACGGUCAAUUAGGCGACGAUGACGACGAAGACGGAGCGGGAUGGGAUAUGGGAGACGAUAUUAACGCUGACACUGAAUCAGACUUCGUGACUGUUGAUAGUGCCGAGGCCGGGAUAGCCAGCAGCGAAGCCGAUCUAUGGGCCCGAAAUUCACCCAUUGCUGCUGAUCAUGCGGCUGCUGGUUCCUUUGAAACCGCCAUGCAGCUCUUGAGUCGCCAAGUGGGAGCCGUGCAUUUUGCGCCUCUCAAACCACGUUUCAUGGAAAUAUUCCAGGCGACGAAAACAUACCUACCCGCUACGCCAGGACUGCCACCAGUCGCGAAUUACGUCCGAAGAACUGUCGAAGAGACGGAUUCUCGAAAAGUUUUGCCCAUUAUACCCAGAGACCUGGAGACCAUCGCUGCAGUAGAUCUUCAGGAAGGAUAUACUACGAUGAGGUCCAACAAGCUUGAAGACGGGGUUAGAGUCUUCAAGCGCAUCCUUCACUCCAUUCUAGUCAAUGCAGUAUCGUCUCAGCAACAAGUGACGGAGGCAAAGAAAAUCCUCACAACAGCAAGAGAAUAUGCGAUCGCAAUGUCAAUCGAGCUAGCUCGGCGAGCAUUGCCAUCAGAAGGCGAGGCGAACCUCAAGAAAAGCCUUGAGCUUUCGGCUUACUUUACGAUACCGAAGCUUGAAGUUGCUCACCGUCAACUUGCGCUUCAUGCCGCCACGAAGCUGGCUAUUGCGAACAGGAACUUUUCCUCCGCUCUUAGCUUUGCCAACCGCAUCAUUGCGAAUGGUGGAUCGCCGAAGAUUGUAGAACAGGCCAAAAAAUGGAAGCUUCAAUGCGAACGAAGCCCGCAAGAGAAAAUCGACAUCGAGUAUGACUCGUUCGCCGAGUUUGACAUAUGUGCGGCGUCGCAUACACCAAUCUACCAUGGAUCGCCGAAUGCUACGUGUCCGUUCGAUGGAUCAAUGUAUCAUUCACAAUACAAAGGGCAAGUGUGCAGGACAUGCGAAGUCUGUGAGAUUGGCGCUCCAGCUAGUGGGAUAAGAUUAUUCGCGUUCUAA